GGGGCGCGGCGCGGCGCGGCGGGAAGGCGCCAUGGAGGAGCGGGCCGGGCGCGCCGGCGGCUUCAGAAAGGAGACCGUGGACCGGCUGCUCCACCUCCACUUCCGGGACGGGCGGACCCGAGUGAACGGCGAGGCGCUGCUGCUGGCGGCGGAGAUGCUGAAGGUGUUUGUCCGCGAAGCGGCCGCGCGAGCAGCACGGCAGGCUCAGGCAGAGGACCUGGAGAAAGUGGAUAUCGAACAUGUGGAGAAAGUGCUGCCACAGCUGCUUCUAGACUUCUAGAGACUCAGUGAAGCAAAUAUGACAUGCCAGCUGCUAGCAGAAGACCCUGAUCUGACAGUGAACAUCUGGAUUGUUAUCCUCGGAGUUUAGCUCUAGGAAGAACAGCAUCACUUUCUUUUUCUGCCAUAUUGUUUCUGUUUUCUCUUUCCUUUACCAAGCAUGACAAAGCCCUAGGCAACUACACUGUCAGAUGGUAUUUUUGGGAGGAGGCUGCCACAUUUGUUUUGGUAGACUAGGCGUGCAACAGGUUUUUAUCUUGCUGCCUUAUUCCUGCAACAGUAGCUUGUACCCCACAGCAUAGGUAAGGUGCUGCUGCUUUCUCAGAUUACAUGAGAAACAGGUGCUGCUUCACUGAGAUGCAAGGCAAGACUUAAUAGCUGGAAAUGUCAUUCUAACUGCAGGCUCUCAUCACCUCAGCAGGCAGCUGUGGCAGAAACUUUAGGUCCAGCUCCGUGCCUGUCUAAUGAAUGGUUUGUUAACAGAAGCUCAGUUACAGGCUCUUGCCAAAAGCAGAUAUCUGAUCUUUAUUUUAUAAAUAAACAGUGUCUGUUCCUCAAUACCUUCCAGUAUUUCUUCAGGGCUCUGACAUCAAAGAAUGCUUAGAACCUUUUAACUACUUGAUAUUCUCCUCAGAAGCUGCUUCCCUCUGCUAUAAAUUUGUUCUCACAAAGAAACAUCAAUAAAUCAAAGCCAAGUCUC